AUUUGACAUCAAACAAGUGGCAAAGUAACGUUUGUUAUGCUCUGGUUUGAUCUUGCAGCGUGAGUUAAGAGAAUUUUGAUAUCACAAUGGUUAUGAGAUCAAUUAUACCAAGAAAGUUGACAGUAAACCAACUACAUCCGCCAUGACAACAACACCAGAAGAGAAUUUCAAACUAAAGAUACUGGAUUGUUUAUUGGAACUUUCACUGUUUACAGAAGGAAUGGUACCAAAGGUAAAUUCAUUGAACUUUGAAACUACAAAAUCGAGAAUUCGUGAAAUUUUGCCAUGGAUUACUGAUAUUGAUUUUAUCAGAGCUGGAAGUGUUGCUGAUCAGUUGUUUUUAACAAAAAUUCAAGAUCAAGCAUUUCAGUAUAAUACUGACUUGGAUUUUAUAUUUGUACCACAACAUGUUUAUGUGGCAUGGUCUAAAGAGAAAUCAGCUCCGUCCGAAGCCGUAGCUAUUAUUAGGGAAACAAGGGAUCCAAUGUAUGUAAAGUUACUGGUGAAUCAAAAUAGCAAACAUAUUUUUCCAAACGCCAUUUUGAAAAUUGAUGAGACUUCUAGUGAAACAUUUAUUUCAAGCAACCAGUUUUUACUCGAGUUUCAAAAACAUAUCAACCACGAUAAAAUGGCGGUGGAAAUAUCUGGGCCAUCACAACAGAUCCCAAACCGUAACAUAAUUCAACCAGACGCAGACAACAUUUCAUCAGUGGAUCUUGUAUUUGCAUUGAAAUUAUCCCAAUGGCCGAAAAACGUCGAGGAAUGGAAAGGGAGGAAUCGACCCAAUGACUGGCCAGAGCCAAAACUAGUAAAGGAGAUUUCAGAGCUGGACAUUCAUGUGGUAGCGAAAGGAAACAUCAAAGGUGACAACCCCGAUUUAGAAUGGAGAUUGUCCUUCAAUUUAUCAGAACGAAGGCUUGCUGAAAUGAAAAGCAGUGUUUAUUAGUUACAAAAACACUACUGAAAGAAAUCGAUGUGGUAGAUGGCUUAUCAUCGUAUCACUUAAAAUCGGUUUUGUGGUGGAUGCUAGAACGAGGACCAUUGAGUCGGGAUGUUUGGUCUCGACAGACCCUGGCAACCUGUUUUUUAACAUAUCUGAAUGAAGUACGUUUGGCUAUCGAGAUAAAAACUGUCAACAACUACUUUGUGCCCAAACAUAAUAUGAUCCAACAUUUAGAUAGUCUAACUCUACAAAAAACUCUCGAAAAAAUUACCAAAAUCCAACACGAUCCGGUAUCCUCCAUAUUUUCUUCAUCCAAACUUAUGGAAAAUCCUCGAUUUUUCUUUUCAGUCAGUCCUCUCGAUGGCUAUGAAUUUGAAGACCUAAACGCCAUGCUGGGACAUGGUUAUGACACAGCGACUGAUAAAAAGUUAACAGAUUUUUUCGUGUAUCAUUUUUACAAUGCUGGGUUGCCAUUAGUAUCAAAUCCAAACCAGAGAAAUAAAGUAGUUACUUUACUCAAGAAGAUUGCCACAUUGAAAUGUGUGAAGGAAACCAACGAAUCAUUUGCAAUCAAACACCUCUUAAAAUAUUGCUUUGAGUGUAUCAAAUCAGAUGAUUUUCCCCACGCAUGUGAAGCAAUUGCUGUUUUGGUCGAAUUAAAGGAAAUACACGAAAUUAAACAAAUGUUAGCCUCAUAUAUAACAGAAGAUGAAGAUAUUGCAACAUUAUUUCAUAACACUGGGUGUGUAUUUUUGAGAUGGUCAAAGCUGUCGUUUUGGGAGGAACGGAAGGAAACAGAUUUGCAGAGUGCUGAAUUAUUUUUCAAAACUGCAUUAGGUCUUAUAAACAAUGUUACACAUUAUGCUGAGUAUGCUCAUUUCCUGUACACCCAAGAGAGAUUUGAUGAAUCGUUAGAACAAGCAACCCAUGCUGUGGAAUUAACACUUGGUAAUCAGGACUGGCUGUUGCUCAAUUAUGACGUAUCUGACAUUGAUGUGAUAGAUACAAGCAUCCAACGACACGUUGCUUCACAAGAACAAAUUACCUCCCCUGCUGUUGUGUUUGCCUAUUACUUUUUAGUACGGUCCCUUUUUAAACUCAAAAGAAAAGAAGAAGCAAUACAAAAGAUAUAUGAGAUGCGAAACCUAGUUCACAGCGUACCAUCAGAGUAUAGAUAUGACAGCCUUUCCAUGACAGGGUAUGCGUGCUUGCCAGUUGAUCUUUUAGAAGAAGCAAAUGAACUUUUUACUGAAGCUCUUAACAUUAAUUCUACCUAUCUACAGUCGGAAAAUAUUAAACUUUGCAACCAACUUAUCUUAGAUCAGAGUUUUGACGUAUUGUACACUCGUGAGAUCCAAAGUUUUGAUGGCUGAAGGAUAAUCAUACAGAUUAUAAUCGAAGAAAUACUAACAAUUGUAACACGUAAAUGUUUUCUUUCACCUAGUGUUAGUCAUAUUGUAUCCAAUAUAAAGAGGCUAACAGCGUUGUUGGUGUGUUAUUCCCUACUCUUAAAUUCUGGUGACUAUGAGAACAACAACAUGGAAAUAUUAAGAAUUUGAUAGCCUUAAUUGAUGAAAAGGUGUUGUUCCCUGUUUGCUAACAUUGUGAAAUUUUAAAAUUGUUUGUAUUAACAUUGAAUGACAAAAAUACUUGACGUAUAUAAUUUUCUGACGCCAGACACGCGAAUCAAUCAAUGUGUUUGUAGAUAGAUGUUUUUGUGUUCUGUUAAAUUGUUCCUUUUAAAUUUGUUACACGAUGAUGACUGCUGUGCCAAUAUUUUGACUGUAUUAUUUAUUAUAUCUGUUUAGUUCAUGUAUCAUUGUAAAUAUAACGGAAUUUAAUGA